GGCCGGCCCCGGGGAAGGGCCCCGGGGGAGGGGAGAAACCGAAAAUCCCGUCGCCCCUGGGCCCGAAAGGAGGCGCGCCGCAGCCCGGGGGGUGGGGGGGAGAGGGGGUCGGAGGGCUUGUCGCCUCAGUCCGGGAGUCCCCGUGUGCGCGUCUUUCGCUUGACACUUUCUACCCCGCCGCGGCCGACUCGGAGCCGGGUUGCCCGUCCCAGCCCUGAAGUUCUGUAGGUGGGGCGGGCUUGAAUCCGCUCGUGUCUAAGGAUUUCAGGAGCCUCGCUUUAAAAUGGCGGCAUCGAGUAGACACCCCUGCUAGGGGCUCUCCCGGCACCGGGGCCACCUCGCGCAGCGCCGCUUUUGCUUCUGCCGCUAACAGAUGGCAUGUGCCGCUGCCCCCGCCGCCGCCGCUGCCCCCGCCGCUGCCGCUGAGAGCGGGACCCCUUAGCCGCUGGCUUUGCGCUCGGAGCCGAAGGUUUCUGGAAAGUGCCUUUUCUGAAAACUCUGCUGCUUGGAAUCCACUUUCGAGCUGUCUCUUUAUAAACCCCUCUCCCUACCACCACCUCUGCCGCGACCCCCCCCCCCCCAGAAAAACCCUAGUGUGCUUAUAGUUCGUUUUCAACAAGUUGUUCAUUCUUUUUUUCUUUGAUUUUCAAUUUUCAUAGUCAUUUUCCCUCCUCCUGAUUUUGCAGCAAAAAAUUUUAACAGUUGUUAAUAUCCUACCAAUCUUAAUCUUUAAAGCCAAGAAAUUGUAAAAAACAAACAAACAAACAAAAAAACCUUUUCUCCCCUUGAUCUAAGACCAUUCCUCAAAUUGAAGGGCAGCCCAAAGCAUAUGCUUUUUGCAAGAAUAAUUGAAAACAUCAACUGGAAAGCAUAGAAUUCUUUUGAAUUUCUGCCAGUUAUUCUUCGGCAGAGGAAGAAAAUAAAACGCCCAAUAUCUUAACCUUUAUGGUUGCCUUCUUAGGAGUUGGUCUCUAAUUUGAUUUUUUAGUUAUUUGAACACAAUUUUAUUUUCUGAUUGGCUUUGUUUGGCUGAAUUUGACUUGAAAACCUAAGUGCUAACAAAGCAACAUUUCACCAAAGCAAGCUGUUAUCUCUUCACAUUUAGCUUGAAUUUUAUUGUUAACCUUUCAGCAAGAGCAGUAAUACUGUUCUAGAAAGGGUGCACUUGAUUUUAACUUUGCUUUCAACAUGACGGCUGUCAACGUUGCCCUGGUACGCGAUACCAAGUGGCUGACUUUAGAAGUCUGCCGAGAAUUUCAGAGAGGAACCUGCUCUAGAGCUGAUGUAGAUUGCAAGUUUGCCCAUCCGCCAAGAGUGUGCCAUGUGGAAAAUGGUCGUGUGGUGGCUUGUUUUGAUUCUUUAAAGGGUCGCUGUGCCAGAGAGAACUGCAAGUACCUCCACCCUCCGCCCCACUUAAAAACACAGCUGGAAAUUAAUGGACGGAACAAUCUGAUUCAACAAAAGACGGCCGCAGCCAUGUUCGCCCAGCAGAUGCAGUUUAUGCUCCAAAAUGCUCAAAUGUCAUCACUUACUUCUUUUCCUGUGACUCCAUCACUUGCAGCUAAUCCUGCCAUGGCUUACAAUCCUUACUUACCUCAUCCUGGGAUGAGCCUGGUCCCUGCUGAACUUUUACCAAACGCACCUGUUCUGAUUUCUGGAAACCCGCCUCUCUCACUGCCAGGAGCUGCUGGUCCAAAACUGAUGCGUUCAGAUAAACUGGAGGUUUGCCGUGAGUUUCAGCGUGGAAAUUGUACCCGUGGUGAGAACGACUGCCGCUAUGCUCACCCUACGGAUGUCUCCAUGAUUGAGACAAGCGACAAUACCGUGACCAUCUGCAUGGAUUACAUCAAAGGUCGAUGCUCCCGCGAGAAAUGCAAGUACUUUCAUCCUCCUGCACACUUGCAAGCCAAACUCAAGGCAGCUCAUCACCAGAUGAACCAUUCAGCUGCCACCGCGAUGGCCCUACAGCCUGGUGCACUUCAGCUGAUACCAAAGAGAUCGGCACUCGAAAAGACCAAUGGUGCCACCCCGGUCUUUAAUCCCAGUGUUUUCCACUGCCAACAAUCUCUGCCUAACCUGCAGCUCCCGCAGCCGGCAUUUAUCCCUGCAGGGCCAAUACUGUGCAUGGCACCCGCUUCAAGUAUUGUGCCCAUGAUGCACGGUGCUACACCUACCACUGUGUCUGCAGCAACAACACCUGCCACCAGCGUUCCCUUCGCUGCAACAGCUACUGGCAAUCAGAUACCCCCAUUAUCAAUAGAUGAACUGAAUAGCAGCAUGUUUGUUUCACAGAUGUAGAAGUUACCAGUAGAACAUUGAAAUUCUGAACAACAGAGUUAUGGAGUAUCAGAAUCUCUCCGUGAGAACCUCCAUAUGGCCUUUCUAUAUAUAUUCACGUAUGUCCUCUUCUACCAACACAACAAUAAGCGUGGUGCAGUCAAUAUAUUAAACAAAACAAAUGUCCCAACCGACAAAUUCAAAUUUAAAAAAGCAUUAAACAAUGGUGAUGUUAAAACACAAAUGGAAAACUAAUAACAACCAUCUAUCUUAUGGGAAUUAGGUAGAACACCAUACAAUGUUGUAAUUUAUCAUGUUAUGCUUUGUGAUUUUUCAGUAAUCAUAUUGUGCUAAGUGAAUCUCUAUAGUGGACUGUUGGCUUAUUGUCAUUCUUGGUGGAUAAAUAUUCGUCUCUGUUGAAGUGUUACCGUUUUUGUUUACACAAUAGUUUAUCCAAUACCAUUUUUCUCUAUGAUUGUAUUGUAUUGUGGUGUAUUGUGUUAGGUUUUUACAUACUAGAGUGUUUUGCUGUAAUGUGUAGUGUUUGGUAUCAACUAAAAUGUUAUUAAUGGGAAACAGAAACACAUGUGCUUGACCGAUACAUGCUCUCUCCCUCUCUUUCGAAUAUUUCUGUAGGUUUCUUGAGGCAGACAUUUUAAAAGGCCUCACUUUUGAGUGUGUCCAAAACAUGCAUGUGUAUAGUUUCUACCUGUAGAUCUGACCUUGCAUAAUACAACCACAUUGCUAGAUUUUUUUGGUGAGAAAUAAUUACGAGAGAAAAAAAACAAAACAAAACAGGAAACUUUGUAAAACAUUAACCCAAAUUUCGCUUCUCUAACAGCUUGAAAAACUAGAAUUUACCUUUAAAUGAAUUUCUCAGCAUUUAUACUAAAAAUUAUGUUAAGUGCCCAUUACUUUUUUUUUUUUUUUUUUUUUGUGGCUCAAGGGUCCUGUUUUCUAGGUUGAGAGUCUAAAACUGAGCCAUUUGUCACCUUCAACUGAAAAAUUGGUUCUUGGAAGCUUAAAGGUAUUCUAAUUACAGGUUAUAAAUUAAGCAGAGAGGGGGGGCGUGGAGAUCAUUUUUAACAUAUUGGAGGAAAGUGUGUAAAAACCAUUGCCGUGUAACCUUUAGUACAAAAUACCAUUUUCUGAAUGCAAAUGGCUCAUGCUCUUUAGGCUACUCUGAAUAAUAAGUAAGAUGCAAUCUGGAAAAGUCAGUCAGGGUGAAAGAGAAUUGGUUCCAAGUGAGGCCUUUCCUCCCCAAAUGGACAGUCUUUUCUGUUGAUCACAGCUGGUGUCUUGAGUAUAGGUUUGGGGAAACGGCGGAGCUGGGGAGGGAGGGAGACAUUUGAAAUUACUCUUCAAUUCAUUUGAAAGUUCUAGGAAGAACAGCUUCAGUUCAAGGAGUUUCCAGUUUUGUUAGACAUUUCAGUGAAGGAGCCAGCGCCUGUGAUCUGGGCUCAAGUGUUGCCCUUCGCAAACGUUACGGACGACAGGCUCUCUCCUAACCAAGCCUCUUUUUUGUUUGGCUUUCUUUGUCUUUGGAUGUUUUGAAAAUUAUAGUAGACAGGACCAGAGAGGUUUUUAGCACCCUUUGGAUGAGACGGUGGCUACACUCCAGAGCUGAACUCAAUUUACAUGACUAAGGCUUAGGAGAUAACUGUGUAACCAAGUCAAAUAGUAAUUAAUUCCUACGGUAUGUCACAUACCCCCUCCAUCCUACUCAGUUAUUAAAGUUACUGUUAUUAAUCA